AUGAUAUGUUAUAAAACGUAUGUAUAUCCACGUUUUCACAAAUGUCCUGGUAGUAAAAUUGGACAUGGAGCUCCUAUAAUUAAAGACUUGGAAACUGGUAAAUUUGAACUCGUUGAAUCAGCCUAUGGAGGUGUAGCCAUGUUAUUCAAGCAGAUUUUAGAUAAACCAUUGGCAAGUAUUUCGGACACGUUGGAUUAUAUAUAUGAUGAUCUUGAAAAUAUACUUUCAUAUUGCAUUUACAUGCAUAAAGCAGUCUUAGCUGCGAUUUACGUUAACGUGACGCUGCAAGAUAGUAAAGGCAACGAUAAGACUUUAAAUAUUUUGAGUCCGUUUCAGAUGUUCGGUCAUACAGAUUUAAUCCUAUCCAGAAUUCUGGCUGCUGGUGAUUACUUGACAACUUCGUUAAGCCUUUAUGGGGCAGACGGAAGUGGGUGGAAAUUACAUAGUAUAAAUCACGUAAACCUAAAAAUUGGAAAAUAUACAAUAUUCAGUGCGAGAGGAUGGAUUCAGCAUCCAAAAGAGCUGGGAAAGAAAAUUAUAAAUAUUCACACAAAAGGAAAAGAAAACUGUUUUCAACUUUCUUUACUUUGUGCUCUGAAACGUCAUUUAAUAAUUCCUCCUAAAUUACAAAUGAUUAUGCGACAACCUGGACGAGUACUGAAUAAAAAUCAAAAGCUUCAACUCAGACGCUAUUGGGAAAAGCCGAAAUCAUAUGAAGCUAUUUUAUCCAAAAAUGAGAAAACAGGCGAGAUCAACUUUUCAGCAAUGGAGGGGGCUACCGCAGUUAGUCAAAUGGAUGCAUUUGAAGCUGAGAACCCUCUAUAUUCUGUGACUGUAUUUGGUUAUGAAGAAAAAUUAUUUGUUAUACGACCGGCGCCGAAAAUCCGCCCAAAUCAUGUGGACCUUUUGCUUUUGAGAUUAGCCAAACCAGGAUGCGUAUAUUUAAAGAAAGAUGACGUGGAGUAUGAUUAUCACUAUUGCACAAUACCUUCGUUAUCAAAAUUUGUAGGAAAGAGGGGUUAUCGAAGAACUGAAGUUUGUGAAUAUUGUUUUGGAAUUUAUAAGACAUCAAUGGAAAAGCAUAGCCAAAAAUGUGCCAUUGCGCAUCGCAACCAAAAUCAAUCUAAACAAAUCAAAUUUCCAGAAGACGACGAGUACGUGUUUAAGAAAUUAAGAAUGAUAGAAGAUAUUCCAAUAAAAAUUUUUUUCAAAUUCUUGUGGUACAACGAAAAUAAUCUUCCAAAUGUGUCUACUUCUAACCAAAAUUUGAAAUUUACCACACCUGUUUCAAACAUUAAAAUCAAAGCAUAUUUUCUUUGCGUUAUCAAUCAGUUUAAUCUGUUAGACGACACGCUACUGUAUGAUGGGAUAAACCCUGUUGAGCAUUUUAUACAAAAAGUAAUUGAUUUAAAAUCUUACUACAAGGAUUAUCUAAAAAGGGCAUACGUGCCAAUUCGCUUACAGCCCAACGAUAAUUUACGUCUAAUGCUUGCGACGAAAUGCGAAAUUUGUGGAACCAGAUUUAAUGAAGAAAACAAGAAAUGUGCCGAUCAUUCCCACUGGACUGGGCAAUUGCGUUAUGUGGCGUGUAAUAAUUGCAACAUUUUAAUCCAAAUCAAUUCAACUCCAAUCCUACUAGGACACAAUAUUAAUAACUACGAAUCUCAUUUUUUAUUAGAAAGUUUCAACAAACGCUACGCCAAGAAUGUUAAAGUCAUCAUGAAGGAUUCUGAAACGAUAAUAAGCUUGAAAUUUAACGGAAUGAGAUGUCUGGAUACCCGGACAUUGUUGGAUCACGAUUUGUACGACCUGGUAGACCGACACAGAAAAGGAAUUGUGGAUAAUCUGCAUUAUCGAUUCCCUUGUCUUUAUGAAGUAUUACGAAAUACAGGGGUGGACGAAAUGUAUUUUUCACAAUUUUUAUUUCGAAUAGCAAUGCCAUCAAGAGCUAUUAAUAAACAAGUUCAUGAUGGGUUUCCAAAAUAUGACCUAUUUAAAAACCCGGUGACUAAUGAAUGCCCACCCGAAAGCGAGUAUCAAAUGGCUGGGGCAGUUUUUUGGAAUUUUAAAAUGAAAGAUGCGACGGAGCUACUUAACUACGGACUCAAAACACAGGUACUUUUAACGGCUGAUAUAUUUCUUGACUUCAACAAAAUGGCAAUGAAACAUUUCAAGCUGUCGGUAUUUCAUAGUUACUCCUUAAGUGGCUACUCAUUCGAUGCUUGCUUUUUUGACACAAAGGCAUCAUAUCAAUAUAUCAAGGACCCAGAAAUAAUAACUUAUUUAAAAAACAAUGCAAUACGGGGUGGACCAACCGAAUCGGUCAUAGCCAAUAGUGAACGCUUAGACAAUUUUAAUCCCUUCAAGCCAAGGAGUAAUAUUUUAAUUAUUGACGAAAAUUCUCAGUAUCCCUCAAAAAUGAAAAGCAAAGUAGCUGUUGGCUCUUAUUCUUUUCUUUCACCAGAUGAUUUAUCAAAAUUUGAUUUAAUGACUGAUUGUAAUGGCGAGUGGAACUAUAUAGUGGCGGUGCAAAUUUCCCAUCCAGAAAAUCUCCACGUACUCCAGAGUCCAAUGCCUCCUUGCCCUUACCAAAGAGAACUCAAAUAUGCCGAUUUAUCCACAACUCAGCACCUGUAUUCUACUGGUUUAAACGGCGAAGAUCAGGCAUCAUUAUUUGGGAAAAAAUUAGUUGCCGACCUGUAUGAUAAAACUUACACUUGCUGCUUGGAAGCAGUCCAAUACUUUCUCGAAUCUGGAUUAAGGGUUACAAAUCUCAGCAAGUGUUUAAAAUUCCGACAAGCUGCUAUUCUGGAGCCAUUUGUGGACAAGUUAUCUGAACUCCGAAAAAAAGCUGUUCUCGAGGGGGAUGAAAUUGGGAGCCUAUUAUUUAAAGGAAUAAUCAAUAGAGUUUUUGGCGUUUGCCUGUCCUCAGCUGAAGAUUAUGUGGAUUUUGAGGUGUGUGUUACAUCAGGAGACAUGAUUAAACUAUUGUCUAAACACACAUUUGAAGACUUUACAAUUUUGAACGGACUGGAGGGGGUAUGUCUUUUCAGAAUGAAACGUAAUACGGCAAUGUACAAAUACCCAAUGAUUAUGUCAAUUCAGACUCUGGACCGUGCGAAACUAAGUCUUUAUAAAAUGUGGGAUUUGAUCAGAUCUGAAUUUGGAAUUGAAAAUACUAAAUUAUCAUUCUACGACACGGAUUGCCUUUGCGUUCACAUUAUGGACCCAAAAAAUCAAUUUUACAAAAUAUUAAGUAGAAUGGAAGAACACUUGGACUUAUCAUCACUGCCAAACUGGCAUCCUCUGUACAGUGAUCGUAAUGCAUCCGUAGGAGGAAAAUGGAAAAUUGUGACACUGGAUGCUAUUAGUGUGAUUUCGCUUCGAGUUAAAUGUUAUUCAAUUCCGUUGGGAAGGUGUGCCUUUUGCUCAGCAGUGUUUGAUCCGCGAUGUAAAUGCAAUUUGGUGAAGAAAGCUAGUGGGAUACCACGUUCAACAAUUAUAAAUAAACUUGAUCAUCAAAUGUACGAAGAUGCACUAGUCAGGGAGGGCGCCUUAACUCUUCAAUCAUAUGCAGUCGAAUCAAAAAAAAUAUAA